AUGGCCGGAUUCGAGUUCCGAGCGAGGAGGAACGAGCCCGUGCUGAUGCCUUGGGGCUGCGCCGCAGAGGUUAGUAAUGGAGUCGCUACGGUGGCCUUCUGUGCGCGUGGUGGUCGCGGCGAAGCGGCGGUGUUGGUGCGCUCCGGGUGGCAGGAGAGGUUGGCGGCACCUGCGGAUCUCGGCGAGAAAGAAGGCGAAUACGUAGAUAAUGGAUCUGUUUCAAAGAAGUAUGACGUGUUCAGUCUUGGAGUUAUAAUUAUUAAAGUAAUGGAUGGAAAUAUGGGUCGCACCCGCUCUGCUGAAAUGGACGCCGAGCAGUUCACUGAGCAUGUAUGUGAAAAGUGGAAGAAAAGACUGCAAGAAAUGCCUGAUGAGCAUCCAUCGCCGGAAAUAGAAAUCCUACGAGUGAAGAAAUGUAUUGACAUCGCCUUAAGAUGUGUGAUAGCUGACAGGAAAACGAGGCCGUCUAUAAAGGAUGUUGUCGAUGAACUGGAACAAUUAGAAACGGAAAUUAUGAAAAUGUCACUACCAUCUGAUGAGACAAAAGAUCUAAUUGCCCAGAGAAGCUCUGACUUCAACUUUCUUGCCAUAGAUCCGGCCCUGGAGCUGCGCUUCCUAUUCGAGCCAAGGAAGGCUAUAUCAUGUUGCCUGCAGCUAACCAACAUUACUGAUGGAUUCAUUGCAUUUAAUAUAAAGAUCAACAGAACCUAG